AUGGCGACCGGACAGCGAAAGUUUUUGUUAGUAGCAGUGGACUAUUUUUUCAAGUGGAUUGAAGCCGAGCCACUAGCUAAAAUAACCGAGGAAAUAGUCAAGAAGUUUAUAUGGCAGCAUAUCAUUUGUCGGUUCGGCAUCCCGCGACGGCUCAUCUCCGAUAAUGGGAGGCAGUUCUCGGGUCAGCAUCUCAAGGAAUGGUGCGAGUGGUACGGCAUACAGCAAGCCUUCACCUCUGUAGCAUAUCUCCAAAGUAACGGGCAAGCCGAAGUCACCAAUCGGGAGAUCUUACGAGUGCUCCGGGCUCAGCUUGACCAUGAAGGUGGAUGUUGGGUGGACGAGCUGAACGAGGUAUUAUGGGUGCUCCGAAUGACGCCCAAGGAUGGACCAGGAGCGACCCCCUUUCACCUGGUCGGCGACCUCGUCUGGAAGAAAGUCAAGACGGUCGGCGACGUGAGCAAGCUGGGAGCUCCUUGGGUUGGGUCGUUCAAGAUUGUAGAAAAGCUCCGUUCGGGCGCUUAUUACCUCGAGGAUGAAGAUGGGCGGAAGCUAAAGUGA